AUGCCCAUGAGUGACAGAGUCAUCCAUGAAACGGGCUUCGACACCUUCAACCUCGACAACUCUCAGCUCUCCGUCAACUCCGAGUCUGACGCCAGCAAUAUACUCGAUCCCGCCAUGUUCUUCACCGGAACCUACAGCCACGAGUGUCCUUACUACUCCAGCAACAAAAACAUGCUUGCUGCUGGCGACAUGACUCAUCUCGGCCCACAAGUUUCGACUAGUCCCGCCAUCGAGGAGACCUUGACGGAAGAUGAACCAACGCCGAUGUUAACCUUUAGCUCCGACAGUCCAAAUUGCCUGGAGUCUACAGACAUCUUAUUUGCAGACACGCCAGCCGCAGCGGACAUGGCGGCUGCCCCGUUUGACAAUGGUCCGCAAGCCUUCCACGAUUGCCAGGCUUUUCAGCAGCAACCUUUCCCACCUGCCACUGCACACAUGGCGGCUGGUUCGUUUAGCAACAACAUGCAGGCUUUCUACGCCCAGGCUCAUCAGCAGCAACUCUUACCACCUGCCAUGUCAAAUAUGGCGGCUGGUCCGUUUGGCAACGUUCCGCAUGCAUUCUACGAUUACCAAGCUUAUCAGCAGCAACCUCCACCACCCUCCACAGCGAGUAGAGCAGCUGGUAAGUUUGGCGCAGCCCCGCACGCUUUGCACGCUUCCCAGGCCCAUCAACAGCCAUUCCAGCCGGCAGAAUUCGAAGUAGACCAGAAUCAAGGCCGAAACCGAAUUCAAAAUGCAAGACAGACCAACCGCGAGUUCCCUCAGGCCACCCAGAUGACUCGACCGGGCCCGGACGCCGCCCCUGUUGUGGUACGCGCGCAGAAGAGAAAGCGAGAGAGGAAGAAGCCGCAAACGGCAUCAGAGGAAGAUGCCAAACGCACUAAUCAACUCGAGCGCAACCGCGGGGCAGCGACGAAGUCCCGGCAGAAGAAGAAGCUUGAAAUAGAGCGGCUGGAAGAACGAGCGAGGGCUGAAGUGAUCACGAACCAGAUGAUGUGGGACAUGGUUCGCGAAUGCGAUGAAUUGCUCCCGGAGAUUGGUGGCUGGUUACAAAACCGGGAGUUUCGGGGUAUCGCUGAGCGCGAACUUGGACUUUCCUGGGUCGGUGUCGAAGAGAGGUACAGGGCAGUAUGCACAACGGUCCAGCAGUUGCUACACCAGAGGCACGCACGGGGAGAGGGAGCGCCGGUCAUGAUCCAGAGGAUAGACCCGGCAGUAGCCCUCCAGCUGCCUCUGGGACAGGAAGGAGGGUGGGCGGAUGGGGAUUGGACGGAAUUUCCGAUAAAUUGA